AUGUCAAGUAUGGAAGAAGGUUUUUCCCCUAGCCCUUCCACAACCUUUGGAUUGCAUCACUGUUGUUCAAACCAUGUUGCAACCCUGGCACAGAAGGUGAUAGCAGAAGUGAUUGGCACAUAUUUUGUGGUAUUUGCUGGUUGUGGAUCUGUGGCAGUGAAUAAGAUCUAUGGCUCAGUCACAUUUCCAGGCAUUUGUGUGACAUGGGGACUCAUCGUAAUGGUCAUGUUUUACACUGUUGGUCAUAUCUCUGGAGCACACUUCAACCCUGCAGUCACCAUCACUUUAGCCAUUUUCCGCCGCUUCUCAUAUAAACAGGUGCCACUGUACAUUUUUGCUCAGUUACUGGGGUCUAUACUUGCAAGUGGCACACUAGCCCUAAUGUUGGAUGUAACUCCUAAAUCUUUCUUUGGAACGAUACCAGUUGGAUCCAAUGUCCAAUCUUUAGCUGCUGAAAUCACCAUCACCUUUCUCUUGAUGUUUGUUAUAUCUGCUGUUACUACAGACGACAGAGCGGCCUGUGUCAGGAGCUUCCAUGAACCCUGCAAGAAGUAUUGGUCCUUCGCUUAUUAUACAUGUUUACAAAGGGUUGUGGAUAUACAUCGUUGGUCCAAUUAUUGGAGCCAUAGCUGGAGCACUUGCUUAUAACUUUCUUAGAUCCACCACACACAAUUCUCCUUCAGAAGAAAUCAAAGGGCCUUCUUCAGGUUGAACAGAUUCAUGGGAUACAAUGG